CUGUGUCCAAUCACAGCUGAUCACUGAUCAUCAGAGCACUGAUGAUCAGUGUGCCCUGAUGAUCUGUGUAGCCCCAGCAGUGCCACCUGUCAGUAUCCAUCAGUGCCAGCUCUCAGUGCUCAUCCGUGCCACCUGCCAGUGCCAUCAGUGCCACACCAGUGCCACAUUUCAGUGCCUACCAAUGCACAUCAAUGCCACAUAUCAGUGCCCAUCUGAGCUGCCUUUCAGUGCCACCUAUCAAUGCCAGUCAGUGCCAGUCAGUGCCGCCUAUCAGUGCCCAUCAGUGCUGCCUAUCAGUGCCGUUCAG